ACAUAGUUCAGAGUUCGAUCAGCAACAGAAUUUGACAGCAUCGAGGAUGGCCGAAGUUUUAGAGGCACAUCCUAAGGUGGCUCAGGUCUAUUAUCCUGGCUUGAAAAGUCAUCCUGAACAUGAACUUGCCAAGAGGCAAAUGACUGGUUUUGGUGGUGUCGUCAGUUUUGAUAUUGAUGGCGACUUACAUACCACCAUCAAAUUCAUUGAUGCACUUAAAAUUCCAUACAUUGCCCCAUCUUUUGGUGGCUGUGAGAGUAUUGUGGAUCAACCAGCAAUUAUGUCUUACUGGUACUGCCCUUGAAUUUUCAAUAUAUUGAUUGAAAAUGUAAUUAUUAUCUGUCAGUAGUAAGUUUUAUCAUGACAAGGUCGGAUUAUCAUACACCCUCAUGGAUGCAU